AUGUGCAACGUGACAUUCUUCCAGCACAAGUCCUGCAAGCACAUCUGGGCCAUCAUCUCGACCCCCUGCGGCCCGUUUAUGAACUUUCACACAUGCCCGUCCUUUUGCGACGCUCCGGCGGGGGGAAGCGUAAUCAAGGCCACGCCUGGCUUCUACAGGACGGCGAGCAGGGCGUGUCCGCGGUGCGACUUGGGCGGUGUGUAUGAUCGCGGGGCGGUGCGGAUGGUGGAGAGGAUGGGAUGGGGAUUGCAUUGGGGCUUGGAUCCGGAGGGGGGCGAUUGGGCUGUUGAGGUGAGGAUGGGGGAGGCGAGGGGGUGUGUGAUUUUGUGA